GAUUUUGGGGCCAUUAUCCAUAUGGCUGUAUCAGUUGUAACUUUAACACUCGCUUCUCCCUUUGACAGAUAAUGGUAAUAUGGGCAAGUAGACAGAGUUUUUUCCCUCCUCUUGCCUCUCCUCUUACAUCUUACAUUGCUUCAAUGUCCUGCACACGUUCUCUCUCUCUCCCUCUCUGAAGUGGGAUAGUGUUCAGCCCGGGUGGUAAUUAGGUCAUAAGCCAUCUCUGACUCACUCAACUUCUCAUCCAUCGCCUUUCACACUUACCCAAUCAUCUGACAUCCCCCAUGAGUGUCUUCAUGAGCUUUUGCCUUCUUGUUUCUCCUCCAGUCUUCCAUUCAGUUUCCUGAUCUUCUUGUAAAUGUUCUCACCAUCGUCUGCUCCUUCUUAACUCCUUCAUCAUGAGUCCUGGUCUUCAACGGUCAGAUGGAAAGACAAACCGCUCUAUCGAUGGAAGUUCUGACCACAGUCUGGGAAGGAGUACUGAGGCUCAAGAGGCACCGCCACUGAAAAAUUACAUUUUUUUGACUAUUUGCACUUGUUUUUGUCCGGCAUGGCCUAUUAACAUUGUGGCGUUGGUUUUUUCUCUGAUGUCUCAAAGCAGUUAUGAUGCAGAAGACUAUGAAGGAGCUCAGCGGCUGGGGAGGAAGGCUCUUCACAUGGGAAUCGCUUCUCUAGUCAUUGGCCUUCUGAUCAUAACAAUCUUCUGUAUUGUACACUUCACCACGACUGCAAUCUGAUGGUGGAGAAACCGGUAUGGCAGGAAGACUAUACUGUAAAUUGGUGGAGACCAGUUCCAGUGAACGGCAGAGGACACUGUGAGCUAAACCCAGAACGUGGUUUCACUGUGGUGGCACCAUGUGCUUGAACCAUCCCGGGUUUAUAAGUAAUCAAUAUAUUUUCAAAUGGAAUGUAUAAGUGGGUCUGAUUUGCUCAAAGCAUGGCCAAGAAUCCAAACUACUGAAAUCUUACACUAAGAGUCACUUCAUAUUCAUAUCAUCUCAAAGAUAUAUCAGAAUGAUGUUUAUUCCUGCAGGCAGUCUGUAUUUGUUAAGUAUGAUGACACUUCAAAUAUUGUAUAUGUGUAGUUUAGAAGUGUACAUUGUGUUUGUCCUAAACUUGGCAUACUAAAAGGAUGUUUGCAGCCAAAUAGCUAACCAAUGCUUUUACAGAAAAAAAACAACCAGUGUUAUGUUGUACAGGUGAAUGUAAAAUGACAGAAAGUAUGAUCAUUUUUUAAGGAAAAUAUGAAUAAAUGCGUAAUGUAUUAAAUGUCUCAAUAUACUAAA